GGGAGCCGAGGCUUGCGGCGGUGUGAGGCGUGAGGGGAGCGGGCCGGCCCCGAGCCGUGUCCCGGGGCCGCUGGAAGGCCCGAGCCGCCUGCGCUCGGUCGAAACGAGAGAGCCCGGUGUGCGCAGCCUUUCUGCCGGAGCUCCGGCCGGGGCUGGCCGCGGCGAGCGGGGCCCGGCGCUGCCUGUGAGGGGUUUCCCCCCGGAAUCCCGCGUUCAGCGGCCUGCAGGCGGCCGAGCCCGGCCCGGGGCAGCGCCCGGCUGGAUUAGGGACACGUCGGGCUCUAGGUGCGGCCGCAAAGCGAGAGCUUCGGCCCCUUCUUACUGCUUGGAUUCCAGCAGGAGAAUUUUCUUGACCUUGUGUCUGGGUAACUCUUGAAGAUGGCCAGCAAAGGACCCACAACUUCUACAUCAACAAAGAGCUCCAGUACUGGAGGGACCAGUGGCAGCAGUAGCAGUAAUGGUGCUGGGGACAAUACUAAUCAGGACAACACUUUUGAAUGUAACAUCUGUUUAGAUACUGCCAAGGAUGCAGUUAUCAGCUUGUGUGGACAUCUCUUCUGUUGGCCUUGUUUACACCAGUGGCUAGAGACCAGGCCAAACAGACAAGUGUGUCCUGUAUGCAAAGCAGGAAUCAGUCGAGAUAAAGUUAUUCCUCUGUAUGGAAGGGGUAGCACUGGGCAGCAGGACCCCAGAGAGAAAACUCCGCCACGACCCCAAGGACAGAGACCGGAACCAGAGAACAGAGGGGGAUUCCAGGGCUUUGGGUUUGGCGAUGGUGGCUUCCAAAUGUCAUUCGGAAUUGGGGCAUUUCCCUUUGGUAUAUUUGCAACAGCAUUCAACAUAAAUGAUGGGCGACCUCCUCCAGCUGUUCCAGGGACUCCUCAAUAUGUGGAUGAGCAGUUCCUAUCCCGCCUCUUCCUGUUUGUGGCUCUGGUGAUAAUGUUCUGGCUGUUGAUUGCAUAAUUUUUUCCCAUUAUUCUAUAUAUUCAUUGCCAACGAGGCACCUGAAACAGUUACAAACUGCAUCCCCAUCCCAUUUUAAAUCUCUUGGUGUCUGGUUCCAUAGCUAACUAUGGGCUUCAGGAAUUGGUGGUACUACAGGACAAUGAGGAAUCCCGCAUUGUGCACCAGAGUUGGAAAUUAAAUAUUGGUUUAAAAAGCAUAUUUCAGCUCAGCUGUUGUGUACAACAGGUUACUGCCACAAGCCACGGGCCUAACUUUGAGCUCCACUCCUAAAAGGAGUGCUGCUUUGAAAUCCUGUGCCAAUCGGUGACACCAGGUUUAUGUGAAAGACAGUUGCCCCACAGGUAGACUGGGCAGGUAAGGAAACCUCUGCAGUGUGACCAGUAUCUCAUGCUUGGAUCUGCCUGAGCUGUGGAUGUUAUUUAAUGUCUUCACAUCAACAUCCAGCCUUCUUCAGGAAAUCAUCUGCAGCACUGCUAAGACUCUUUGGGCACAGCACGUGAUGCAAAUAGAACCAGGCUUGGAACCUGGUUUCUUUUCUUGCUGUUAUUUCCCAGUGUGAUGGGAAACCCCUCCUGAAGAGGUUCUGAUGGCUGUUAGAAGAAGGGAUACAAAUUUAUGCUGCAAUUUCUUAAAGCCUGAAUUUGCUGGAGCCAGACACUGGAAGAUUCUUUCAUCGUGGAGCUGGGUGGGGUUGCUGAACAGUCCAAGGAACUGCCUCACCCAGCCCAGUUCCUCACUGACAAAACAGUGUUGUCUUCCUUGGUUCUGCGCAGCAGCCUGUGGCUGCACUCCUGGAUAAUCCCCUCACAACCCUGUCACUAUAGCUACGUUUAUUCUUCCCAAGUCUUUGAGACUUUCUACUCAAGGUUGUGUACUCCAAAUAAAAUCCUAUUACAGAUCUGA